UUAGCCAAAGCUGCACACACAAAAUUUAAAAAUUAACCAGCAUUAAGAAGUUUGUUUUAAUCGAAAAUGGCCAAAUUCCAAUUUGCUCUUGUUUUACUCUUGGUGGUCUUGGCUGUAUUCAGCUGUGAAGCCCAAAGGCAAAGAGUUCGCCCAGGUCGUUUGCAACGCAACCGUCAGUUGGCGCGCCAAGAAGUCGAAGAACCAAUCACACCAUAUCCCUCUGCCGAUGAAUUGAAGCCCGAGAUUCCUUUCGACGAAGCUGUUCCUGCUCCUGCCGACGAAUCCGCUGUUGCUGAAGAAGAGGAUGUCUUUGCUGUUGAUGAAGCUGCCGAAGGUGCUGCCAAUGAACCUAUUCCCGAUGAGGUUUAUGGUCCUCCAGAAGUAGCUAUUCUCUACAAAACUCCUGAUGAAGUUUACGGUCCACCCGAAAUCGAGGCCAAUCAAUUGCCUGCUGAAGUCACUUUGGCCCGUCAAAGACAACGCCAAGCUCGCUUAGUUCAAGCUCGCCGUAAGGCUGCCUACCGUCAAGCUCGUUUGGCUAAAUUGCGUGCUACCAAACCAAAACGUUCUGCUUAAAUUGCUGGUUAAUGAGAAAAAUGUCUUAACUUCCUUCCCCCUUGCCUUUAGGGAAGUCUAGAAGAUUUUCUCAAUUUUAUAAAAACAAAUUCCCACAUUAAUUCGACACUACUGCUGCCUACUGCUACUACAACUAAAACUACCGCUUAUUCUAUUCACUACAAAUAAUCGACAUAAAAUUGGACUUUAAUUUAAACGAAUUUGAUUAAAAUAAAAUGAGCUUUUUGCUAAAAAAAAAACAAA